UUUAAAGUUAUUAUUAUUUUUUAAUUCUUGUUCUGUUCUGUAUAUAAUGAAUAUUACAUUUAAAGAGUUUGUUGUGGAAUAUAUUUUGUGUAUUUUUUAAGCAUGCAGCAAACGAUAGGCUAUUAAUUGGUUAACAUUCCUGUAUGUAGGCCUAUAGCUUGAUCAAAUUAUUUCAGAAUCGACUUAGCGUUCCAAUCGCGUCAAGGAUCAGCAAGUGCACGUGCAUCAUCAAAAGUGGUUAAAAAAAAAAGUGCUUUUUGUUCUGCGCACAAGCCUAUGGGUCGCGUCAAAAAAAAUUUUAAAAAAGGGUCCCUCUUGAAAAAGUUUGAAAACCACUGUGCUAGAGGGUGCGUCAUUUGUUCAGCUGCUUGCUGUUUCCGGAUUUCUGCUGGUGUUUGCGCAGGUGUGUUUGCUGUGCCGCAUGGUGCGGCUGAUCGCUGUUUCUGCUGCUCGGCGUUAAGAGCUGGUUUUGUUGUGCUGCAUAGUGUGGCUGAUCGCUGCUUCGGCUGUUCCGUUUCAGAGUGAACAUGAAAGUAUCUGCUGCUGGAUAGAUGGUAUGGGCUCCGCAUGUUGGUAUGUAAAACCCACUCAUGUCUCUAUGGCCACCGUUAAAGGUAUGUGGAUAAUUUUUCAAGGUUUAAUUUUAGGUGAAUAAAUCAGCCCAUUCCUACAUCUUUCCCUGCUCUGUCGCUGCAUUGCUUUAAGCAUGAAUGCUGCUGUUUUGUUUUAGGGGUUUUGUUUAAAUUGCUUUUGCUUUGAUUAAUUGCGUUGCUUUGCUUUGAUUAAUUGUUUUGCUUAACUGUUUUUGUUUUAGUGUUUUUGUUUCUGCUGGCUUUCGAGCAUAAUUUGUUUAUUUUUGUCUCUUCAGGAGCUGGGUAUCUGGAGCGGGCAGGCUAGUCGUCCCCAUUUUGUGGUGUUUCUCCUUUCACUGAGUGCUGGGUGCAUAUUGUUGCAGUGAACCUUGCUGGAGUGAGUGUGUGUGAGAUGCGGUGCACGUGUGGGUAUUUAUUCUUGCAGGCAUUAUUAAAGCCCUGUAUCUAGCCUGCCUUGCUACUGGUAAGCCCCAGCUCCAGAAUAUUGUUGUGCAUUGGUAUUGCGACGUUCCAUUACAGCAGCUUUGUGCUGCUUGCCUUUUAUAGUGGCACUUUGUUAUAUCGUAUUGAAUGCCCUUUUCUUUUGUGUUUUUAAUUAUUUUACUGUGAUUGAAUAAAUAUAUUUUUCAUAACAAACAUAUCCACGUCUCAUUGUCCAUGUGAGGGGAAACCGAACCUGUGUGCCCUUAUUGGGUAAUUCCCUGGACGGUAGACCAGGGUGGCGUAGUCGCUACUUGCUGUAGAGGUAAACCUCCUUAGAGGGGUAUCAUCUGAGAACACACUCAGGGUUUAUUUGUUUCUCUAUUCCCUUGAUCCGCUCGCCUUCGCCACACAUGCAACAUUAUAGAACCACAUUUGUUAAAUUAGAGUAAAUUUAUUAUUUAGGGGAAUCCCGGGAUAGUUGUCACAGAGGGAAGUUGUCAUAAGGGCUAUAGCUCAGUAACUACAGUAUAAAUGUUGAGACAAAAGUCAAAUUACACAAAUGUAUGUUUUAUCUAAUAUUUAAUUUUGAAUACUGUUUCAAACAUAUUGUUCAAAAAUGUGGACACAACAUACCCACACUUGAAUAGAUUCAGUUUUGUUUUUUGUUUUUAUAAUUUACAUUGUCACAGUCAAAAUGUUUCUGAAAAGCCUAUAAUAGACUGUUCAGUGGCGUGUACCCAUUGUGACAACUUACCCCAUGUAGUGUGACAACAUGCCUCACUAUUCUACUCUAUGACAGAUACUUUUAUUCCAAUAAAAUACACGGAAAACCAGAUAUGGUGAACGACACAAGGAAGUAAUCAUUCACUAAAAUAAAUGUGCUUGCAAAGGACAGGAAGUAUCCCCCAAAUUUCAUUUCCGCUUAAUUUACUAAAGGCAAACUUGAAAGAGCCUUAAAUGUAUUCUCAGGUCUGAGAAGAGAGAGGUAGAGAUCAGCUGUGAAAAUGCAAAUACAAAAUGUACUCAUGAGGAGUUUGGUUGUCGUGGGGAUAUUUGCAUCUGUGAUCUGGACUAUUACAGAUGCUGAAAAGUCAAACUCCUGCUGUAAACUUGUCUCUAGGGCAGAAGUAACCGAUCCCAUUAUUGGUUUCAGUACGCAAGAAGCUGAUCAUCCAUGUGUGAAGGCAGUCAUCUUUAAGACUGAAAAGGGGGAAUUCUGCAGUGAUUGGACACAAAAAUGGGUUUUGAAGAAAAUUUGCCAGUUUCUAAGUGCUCAAAGGAAAAAGAUUGCUGAAGAACGAGUGAUUGAACACCUGACCUCACCGACACCAACAACAUCCAUUACUGACGCCGCUCUUGUGGGAAGAUCUACCCAAGAACUUACACAAGGAUCCACUCAAGAACUUACACAAGGAUCCACUCAAGAACUUACACAAGGAUCCACUCAAGAACUUACACAAGGAUCCACUCAAGAACUUACCCAAAAAAUGUACAGCUGAUCAUGAAUGUCUAAAAGCAAUGUUGUUGUUGUUUAAUUAUUUAAAUGUGAUUUCUUUUACAUUAGACAAUAAAUUGAUAUUUAAACUGAAUAUUUAAAAUUGAAUAAUGUGAAAAUAUAUUUGAUGUAGGGCUAUUUGUCUGUGACAAGUCAGUUAAUUUAUUCCACUUAUAAGAACUGAAAUACAGUGAAAUUGAAAUAUUAUAAUGUUUAGAAAAACAAUAUAAUUAUUAGUGUGUAAUAUUUCACAUUUCACUCAAUGUACUGUUAAGUACUUGUAACACCUGUGGCAAGAAGGGUGAUGCAAGUCUGAGAGAUUUUUAGAUUGAUUUGUAUGAGGGGGAAAUUAUUAGUGUCAGUAUGAUGAUGCAUGCUGAAACAAUUGCAAUGUGAAGUUCAAAAAUU